AUGAACUCCGAAACAACCAACUUGAAUAGCGGACCGCUCGCCAAUGCGUGGCUCGCAGCCAACUACGAUAAGAAAUUGACCAAGCAGCAAGUCUUGGGAACAAACAUCGUUGAAGCGUCAAACUACAUCGCCAUUCACAACCACAGUCACAGUCACAAUCACACUCACAAACAACCUUUUCAAUUCAGCACACACGAGGACUCUAGAGACACAAUAUCGCUCAGAAUUUCGAGUCAGCUACUUUACGGGAUAGUCAAGAUAUACUCGAGAAAGUCAAAGUAUCUUAUCGAUGAUAUCAACGAUGUGCUAUAUAAAUUGAAAGCGUCGUUCAAACUAUCCUGCGGAGUGCAAUUGGGCUCAGAUAUGCUAUCCACGAGCCGUAUCGAUGCGCCACCGGAGCAAACCACUUUGCCCAAUUUGGAUGCAGUCACCUUGAAAGACCAAGUCUCUGUGUUUGACUUGUUCUACCAAGAAGAUUUGAACUUGGACGAACCAGAGAAGAACGCAACGUCUGUUUUUGACCUGACGCGACCUAUAAAACAAUUGGAAGUCGAAGAGGACACGAGUUUCACACUAGACCGAUCUAUCGAAGUGGGCAGAAAUGCAGACGCGCGUGAUGACAUGGACAUGGACAUGGAUAUGGACUUGGAUUUUAAUUUGGACUUGGGCGAAGAUGACAAUUCCAUCGAACAAGGCAGAAACGGGUCCUCGAUUGGGAACCCGGGCGAGCUUUCCUUCUUAGCCGAGUUGGACAAGUCGAGAACGAUUUUUGAGCUUGAAUCAGGCCACCCCGUGCUUGGUUCACAGGAAUUUUAUGACGAUUUCGAUGAGCAAGGCGAUGAACAUGAUAACAACCAACAACAACCUGGUCAACAAGACGACGUACCGGCUGCGCAGUCAACUAUACCAUCAAGACCAAGACACAAGCGCACGAGAAUCACCGAGGAUGGGGAAAUGAUUGUGCCCAACAGGAAGCUAAUUGUGGACUCAGAGGAAAAUAUGCAAGGUGGAUCCAUGCUACAGCUAUUGAAGGAAAACCAAGAAAAGCUAAUGGAUGGCAUCACUGAUGGCCUGUUUAUCACGUUGAAACUCUCAGACACUGAAAAGCUUAAACUCAUACAAGAACUCGCGCAACCGGUUUAUUCCAAAAGGAGAAAAUUAUGGAAUCUAGACGCGGAGUUGCAAUUGCGAUGCGCUGAAUUGGCAAGGAAAGGAGGAAAAGACGGAGAAGACGACAAUGACGACUCAGACGAUGCCGAUUCAAGCAUAGAUACAUCGUUGGACUUGGACAUUUCAAUCAGUGAAACCGAUGAGUCAGAGAGAGGAUCAUCUGGUGAAGAAGAAGAUGAUGAUGAAGAAGAAGAAGAAGACGACACCGAGUCCAGCGUCACUGGAUCGGGACACAUUGCUAAAUCUACAAAACAAGUAGCGGUGGAACUACAAAACCAGUUCCGCGUCUCGGAUAAGAUUACACUUGAAACUUUGAUGGACGCUGAUAUGGCCUCCGCCAAUCCCUUGGGAACGCAACGGAAAAUCAUAAAUAAAAAGAGGGAGGCAUCCAAGUGCUUUUUUGAGCUAUUGGUGCUUUCCACAAACAAUUGCAUUAGCUUAGAACAAGAGCAACAACAACAGAAACAGUCAGAGGACAACAACAGAAUGUGCUCAAACGUAAACAUUCGUAUCAAGGACCGUCUAUACGAUUUUCUAUAA